UGUUUAUAUUUUGAAAGAAGAUGAAGAUAUUAUGUUUACUAUUUCUGCUGCUGGGACGAGCUGAAGGAGUUGACCGGACUGCGGUGAAUUUUCUGGCAAACUUCUGGUUGUCUGUGGCUGGGUUUGCUUCAGUAUUCAUUGUUUUGGUUUCGAUUUGGUUGGAUUUCUGGAUUAGAUCGGAUCAAAGGACAGAGAAAGAUGAGUUGAAGGUAGACGAGAUUAUAGAGCUCAGUAGGGUUGAGAAUGAGUUGAUUGCUGAGACCUGCGUGGUUGAGGUUGAAGAGAAACCUCCUGUCCUGCCUCAACCUGCGCCUCCUCCUGCUCCUACUUCAACUCCUCUUCCUCCUCCCCCUGCUUCUCUUCAUCGGCAUCCCGUAGCUCGGAAGAGACGGGACCGGAUACCUAAGAAAAGUGAGAUGAAACUGAACCUGCUGGAGCUACUCUCAGCUAUUGGAGGACAAAGCUUGACCAGGGUUUCCAUGCCGAUUAUAUACAAUGAACCCAUCUCGAUGCUGCAAAGGUUGGUUAAUAAGAUUUAAUAAAACAGGAGUAUC